CGCUCUUAGUCUUUUACCUUCACGGCAUUUCAACUACACUCGCCACCCUCAAGCCACGACGUUCGAAUCUUUUUUCUUCUCAAGUCUUUGAAGAAAAAAAAAAAAAAAAAUCAAAUCUUCACAUCUCAAGCCAUCACCAGAUCUAUAAUGCGCUCCCCUUUUCGAAAUGCAUACAAGGUGUUCGAAGAAAUUACCCAGAGAAAUGUUUUUAUCCGAAACUCAGCGUAUGGUUUAUAUUACAGGAGUAUGCUCAAUACUUAUGCAUACUACGAAGACCCAGUUGAGUUUCAUGGUGAAAAAGAUAAUGUAAUAUCUUGGACAUCGAAAAUUUCCAGUUUGGUGAAGCAAAAUCAAUCUGAAUUGGCAGUGGGGUUGUUCAAAAUGAUGCUCAUGACCGAGCAGAGGCCCAACCAUGUGACAGUACUGAGUGUAAUACGGGCUAUUAGUGGGUUGGGUUUGGAAGAUAUGAUGAGGGUGAUAUGUGGGUCAGUGAUCAAACUGGGGUUUGAGUCAGAAGUCUCAGUUGCAACAGCCCUUAUUGGAUUUUACUCUGAUUAUGAUAUGGGGAUUGUUUGGAAAAUUUUCAACCAAACUCCCAUUAAGGACCUGGUGUUGUGGAGUGCAAUGGUUUCAGCAUGUGUGAAGAGUGGGCAAUAUGAGGAAGCCUUCGAGAUUUUCCGAGCAAUGCAAUAUGAUGGUGUCGAACCAAACCAUGUAAGCAUUGUAAGUAUCCUGCCAGCUUGUGCCAAUGUUGGUGCUUUGUUGUUUGGGAAAGAGAUACAUGGGUUUUCGAUAAAGAAGAUGUUUCAUCCUCUAACAAAUGUGCACAACUCACUGGUGGACAUGUAUGCAAAAUGUAGGAAUUUCAAGGCAUCAAUGCUAGUUUUUGAUCAGAUAUUGGAGAAGGAUUUGAUAUCGUGGACAACUAUAAUUCGUGGGUGUAUUGAAAAUGAUUGUCCAAGAGAAGCAUUUAAAGCUUUCUCCAGGAUGCAAUUUUCUUGCUUUGGGGCAGAUGAAACAAUUGUGCAGGAUAUGAUUGUGGCAAUAAUACAAGCAGAUGAGCAUAAAUUUGGAAUAGCUUUUCAUGGCUUCCUACUGAAAAAUGGGCUUUUGGCUUUUGUUUCCAUUGGAACAGCACUUCUCCAAAUGUAUGCUAAAUUUGGUGAGUUGGAGUCAACUAUAAUUGUAUUUGAUCAGCUCGAUAAAAAGGAUUACAUUUCCUGGAGUGCAAUGAUCUCAGUGCAUGGUCAUAGUAGGCAUCCUUAUAAUGCUUUGGAAACAUUCAAACAGAUGCAAUCAACUGAUGAGCGGCCUAAUGAGAUUACUUUUGUUAGUUUACUACAAGCAUGUUCUUUAAUAGGAGCUCAAGAGCUUGGGGAAAGCAUUCAGGCUCAUGCAACUAAAGCAGGGUACUUGUCCAAUGCAUUUUUAUCAUCAGCAUUGAUUGAUUUAUACUGCAAAUUUGGGAGAAUAAAUCAAGGAAGAGCUAUUUUCAACGAAAUUCCGACCAAAGACCUCGUUUGUUGGAGUUCAAUGAUUAAUGGCUAUGGAUUAAAUGGUUGCGGAGAUGAGGCUCUUGAGACUUUCUCAAACAUGUUAGCUUGUGGGGUAAAGCCCAAUGAGGUUGUUUUCAUUUCUGUUCUAUCGGCUUGUAGUCACUGUGGACUAGAACAUGAAGGUUGGAGCUGUUUUUCUUCCAUGGAACAAAAGUAUGGUAUUAUUCCAAAAUUGCCCCACUAUGCCUGCAUGGUGGAUUUGAUUAGCCGUAGGGGAAAUAUUGAAGGGGCUCUUCAAUUUGUGAAUAAAAUGCCGAUGGAACCUGAUAAAAGAAUUUGGGGGGCUCUCCUUGCAGGUUGUAGAUCAACUCAUGGGUCUAUUGAGAUCGCUGAGCUUGUGGCUGAACGGCUUAUUGGCUUGGACCCACAAAAUACUAGCUAUUAUGUGAUCUUGUCAAACUUGUAUGCAGAACAGGGUAGAUGGGGAGAUGUGGAGAGGCUGAGAAAAUUGGUAGAUGAGAAGGGAUUAAAGAAGGAAAUGGGCUAUAAACCUCUCCAUAGACCAACAGCAGCCCUUCUCAUGACGGGAGGAAUCCUUGAAGUGCUUCUUGUUAGUGCCGAAGACAUCAAGCACAGAAAUUUCUUCGGAAAACCGAAAUAUUAUGUCAUAAUACAAUGUGGAACUCAGAUCCAUAGAAGCAAAAUAUCAUCAGGGAAAGAUGAGAAAACUUACUGGAAUGGGAAAUUUAUGUUUGAAUUCCCACAUUCUGAGUGGAAAAACUCAACCCAUCUCAAACUCAGAAUCAUGGACAAGGAGCUCUUCAGAGGUGGUGGAUUGAUUGGUGAGACAAUCAUUCAUCUUGGUGGAAUAAUAACGGAGGGAUACACAAAAGGAUUCAUGGAACUGACACCAGCUCCAUAUAAUGUAGUUCUUGAAGAUGAUACCUACAAAGGAAUGAUAAAGGUUGGACUCAAAUUCAUUGCAAAAAAAGAAGAGAGGAGGGAGACAGGGGAAUAUGAAGUGAAAGAAGAGCUUAUACAGGCUAGAGAUUAUGAAGUGAAAGAAGAGCUUAUACAGACUAGAGAAUAUGAACUGAAGGAAGUGAAGGAAGAGUACAGGGAGACUAGAGAAUUUGAAGCAGAGAAGGAGCAGAGACACUCAAUCUAUAAAGCCAUUACAAGUGUUUGGAAAUUUUCUUGGUGGAGAUUGUUUUUUAAUAAGAGGACAAGUUAUAGAAAUGAGAAGAAACAAAUUUAGGAGGAUUUGAUGAGAAAAUGAUUUUUUUUUUCUUUUUUUUCUUUUUGUGUGUUUGUUUGGUGUCUGAGAAAAGUGCAUCAUGGAAAUGGUAUUAGAAAAAGAAAAAAAAAAUUAUUAUCA